AUGGUCACCGAUAUCCUCUCAUGUUACUUUGAGGCGCAGUACCUCUCCUUCGGCUGCUCCGACGUCACCUUCUCCCGCUACGGCCCCUACUGGCGCCAAGCCCGGAAGAUCUGCGUCUCCGAGCUGCUCAGCCACAAGCGGGUCAACUCGUUCCGACUCGUCCGAAGCGAGGAGAUGAACCGGAUGCUGACUCACCUGUCCUCGUCCGGUUCAGACGAUCCGGUCGACAUGAGCAAGGUGUUCUUCACGUUGGCGAACGACAUCCUCUGCCGAGUGGCGUUCGGGAGGAGGUUUAUCAAGAAGGAAGGACAGAAUCGUCAUUUGACGGGGGUGUUGACGGAGGCGCAGGAACUUUUCGGUGGGUUCUGCGCUGGGGAUUUUUAUCCCGAGUGGCAGUACUGGGUUGACUGGGUGACCGGGUUCAAGAAAAGAUUGGAGAAGAACUUGGAGGAUCUUAGAGAGGUUUGUGAAGAGAUAAUACAAGAACACGUGGAGAGAUCAACGGAUCGGAUUAGCAGUACAAAUGGUGAAGAUUUCGUUGAUGUUCUUCUUCGUGUGCAACAAAGAGAAGACUUGGAAGUGCCUAUUACGGACGAUAAUCUGAAGGCUCUUGUUCUGGACAUGUUUGUAGCUGGAACCGACACGACAUCGGCGGUUUUAGAAUGGACAAUGACGGAGCUGGUCAGACACCCUAGAGUGAUGAAGAAAGCUCAAGAAGAGGUUCGAAAGAUCGUAGGUAGCACUGGGAAAGUGGACGAGAGCCACCUUCAGCAUCUUCAUUACAUGAAAGCUGUUGUGAAGGAGACAAUGCGAUUGCACCCGCCGGUCCCCCUGCUUGUUCCCCGAGAAUCCAUGGAGGACUGUGUUCUGGAUGGCUACGAAAUACCAGCGAAAACUCGGGUACUGAUAAACUCAUACGCGAUAGGAAGGGACCCAAAAUCAUGGGAAGAUCCAUUGAACUAUGAUCCCGAGAGGUUUGAGAAUCAUAACAUGGAUUUUAAGGACCAAGACUUCAAGUUUCUACCAUUUGGUGGAGGAAGAAGAGGCUGCCCUGGAUAUGCCUUUGGCUUAGCAACAAUGGAGCUUGCUCUAGCUCUGCUCUUAUAUCAUUUUGAUUGGGAAUUGCCUCAAGGAGUCGGCGCUGAUGAUGUGAAUCUGGACGAGAUUUUCGGUCUUGCAACAAGAAAGAAGACUCCUCUCAUUCUCGUGCCAACAGCAAACAAAGAUUAUAAGUUUUAAGGGUUUUUAGUGAUGCAUAGCACUGUGUUCCUAUGUUUUAAUUAAUGUCUGUUAAUGUAUUUAUCAUCCCAGUACUAAAACCGGUCAUAUGUAGUCCACAAGAAGAAGCAACAUGAAAAAAGACUAAAAGAAACAGUUGCUUCAUGUAAA